AUGUUUAGUAGAAACUUAUCAAGAUCAAUUCAAAGAUCAUCAAUUUAUAAUUCAAAAAGACAAUUCUCAUUAACAGAUUGGUUUAAAUCAUGGCAAAAUGCAGCUCAAACUCAAAGAUUAAUAUAUCCACCAUCACCAACUCAAUUUACAACAAAUAAUAGAAUUAUAGAUGUAUGGGUAGAUCAAAAACAAGAUUUAUAUAAUUAUAUAAAUGUUAAACCACCAUUAUUAUUAAAUUUUACAACUGCUACACCAGAAAAUAAUAAAAUAACUCAAGAAUUAUUUGAUUUAUUAGUUGAUAAAUCGAAAUAUCCUGGUAAGGAACCAGUUUAUUUAGUUAAUAUUUUAGCUGAUUCUCAAGGAGGAAGAGAAUUAAUGUUGGAAUAUGUUGUUAAUAAAAUUCCAACUAUUGUAGUGUUAAAACAUCAAUUAUUUGUAGGUAGCUAUAGUCCUAAUGUGAAAAACUUUCAUGAACAAGAUUUGAUAGAUUUUUUGAAAGAUAUAUGA